GUUUUGCUGCCGUUUUGUAGGGUGUUUGUUGCAGCGACAGGGAGAGAAGACGGCGGUUUGGUGACAGUUAUUGGCCAAAGGGCCUUUUGCUUUUGCGGAGAUGAGGCAUUCCAAAAGAACUCACUGCCCUGACUGGGAUAACAGAGAAAGCUGGGGACAUGAAAGCUACAGUGGAAGUCACAAACGGAAGAGGAGAUCCCACAGUAGUACACAAGAGAACAGACAUUGUAAACCACAUCACCAGCUUAAAGAAUCUUAUUGUCAUUAUUUAGAAGCAAGGUUCUUGAAUGAGAGAUAUUAUCGGGACCAGAGAUACAUUGAUGAAUACAGAAAUGACUACUGCAAAAGAUAUGUUCCUAACAUUGAUGAAUACAGAAAUGACUACUGCAAAAGAUACGUUCCUAACAUUGAUGAAUACAGAAAUGACUACUGCAAAAGAUAUGUUCCUAGACGUUAUCACAGAGACGUUGAAAGCAGUUAUCGAAUCCACUGCAGUAAAUCUUCAGUCCGAAGCUGGAGAAGCAGUCCUAAAAGGAAGCGUAAUAGACACUGUUCAAGUAAUCAGUCACGUUCGAAGAGCCACCGAAGGAAAAGAUCCAGGAGUAUAGAGGAUGAUGAGGAGGGUCAUCUGAUCUGUCAAAGUGGAGACGUUCUAAGAGCAAGAUAUGAAAUUGUGAACACUUUGGGAGAAGGGGCCUUUGGCAGAGUUGUAGAGUGCAUUGAUCAUGGCAUGAUCUCUAUUCUGCGGUUGCAAGUUUUUUUGGGUGGCAUACAUGUAGCAGUGAAAAUCAUAAAAAAUGUGGGACAAUAUCGUGAAGCAGCUCAUUCAGAAAUCGAAGUAUUAGAGCAUUUAAAUAGUACUGAUCCCAAUAAUGUCUUCCGAUGUGUCCAGAUGCUAGAAUGGUUUGAUCAUCAUGGUCAUAUUUGUAUUGUGUUGGAACUUCUGGGACUUAGUACCUAUGAUUUCAUUAAAGAAAAUAGCUUUCUGCCCUUUCAAAUUGACCAUAUCAGGCAAAUGGCAUAUCAGAUCUGUCAGUCAAUAAAUUUUUUACAUCAUAAUAAAUUAACCCAUACAGAUCUGAAGCCUGAAAAUAUUUUAUUUGUGGAGUCUGACUAUGUAGUCAAGUAUAAUUCAAAAAUGAAACGUGAUGAACGCACACUGAAAAACACAGAUAUCAAAAUUGUUGACUUAGGAAGUGCAACAUACGAUGAUGAACAUCAUAGCACUUUGGUAUCUACACGGCAUUACAGAGCUCCAGAGGUCAUUUUGGCUUUAGGUUGGUCUCAGCCAUGUGAUGUUUGGAGCAUAGGUUGCAUUCUUAUUGAAUAUUACCUUGGUUUCACAGUCUUUCAGACUCAUGAUAGUAAAGAACACCUGGCAAUGAUGGAACGUAUAUUAGGACCCAUACCAACACACAUGAUUCAGAAAACAAGGAAACACAAGUAUUUUCAUCACAAUCAGCUAGAUUGGGAGGAACAUAGUUCUGCUGGUAGAUAUGUUACAAGACGCUGCAAACCAUUAAAGGAAUUUAUGCUCUGUCAUGAUGAAGAACAUGAGAAACUGUUUGACCUGGUUCAAAGAAUGUUAGAAUAUGAUCCAGUGAAAAGAAUUACCUUGGAUGAAGCAUUGCAGCAUCCUUUCUUUGACUUAUUAAAAAAGAAAUAAAAUGGAAAUCAGUGGUCUUACUAUACUUCUCUAGAAGAGAUUAUUUAAGACUGUGUCAGUCAACUCUAAACAUUCUAAUAUUUUUAUAAACCUUAA